AGCCAACCGAAACACACCUACAGAGAGGCCCAAAAAUCAAACCAUUGUUGUUUCUGAACAAACAAAUGGUUCGAUUCAAGCUUCCAAAAUCCAAACAAUCAUUUCAGUCUCUUACAACCUUAUUAAAAACAGGUUUCAAUCCAACUCUCAAACACCACAUCAAUUUCCUUAAUCAUCUUUACAAAUCCAAAAAAUAUCAAUUCAUUACACAUUUCAUAUCAUCUCGACUAAGCCAAGAAAAUCACAUUACACAAUUAAUCUUUACAAAAGCCCUUCUAAAACAACAUAGUUAUGAAAAAGCUUUCGACUUUAUCAAUACCCACAUGCCAAAUCCCCCAAAGAUUCUUCAAAAUCAGGUAUUUGAUUCAUUGAUUCAAGGUUUUUGUGUCAAUUUGAAAAACCCAGAAAGGGGCUUUUCAGUUUUGGAAAUUUUGUCGAAAAAUGAUGGUUUUUCACCUUCUUGUUUUACUUUUUGUACAUUGGUUUGUAGUUUUUGUAAGCAAGGUAAGAUGGAUAGAGCUAUUGAGGUUUUGGAAGUGAUGACUAGUGAUAAAUUUAGAUACCCUUUAGAUAGUUUUGUUGUUAGUUGUGUUGUUUACGGGUUUGUUAGUAUCGGAAAGUAUGAGCUUGCUUUAAGGUUUUAUGAAAAUGCUGUGAAAAAUGAUGAUGGUUUACGGAUGAAUAUUGUUAGUUAUACUUGUGUUUUGAGUGCUUAUUGUAGAUUGGGACAGUUUGAGAAAGCUAGUGAUUUAGUUAAGAAGAUUGAAAUAGACGGAUUGGAAUUCGACGUUGUGUUUUAUGGUAGUUUUGUUUAUGAGUAUUUUAGGGUUGGGAGUGUAAUCGAGGGUUUGAAAAAGCAUAAAGAAAUGGUUGAGAGGAAGAUAGAGAGGGAUACUAUUAGUUACACAAUACUAAUAGACGGUUUCUCAAAGGAAGGACUUGUGGAGAAGGCGGUAGGUUUUAUAUAUAAGAUGAGAAAAGAGGGAAUUAAGCCGAAUUUGAUUACUUAUACGGCGAUCAUAUUGGGAUUUUGCAAGAAAGGUAACUUAGAGGAGGCUUUAAAUGUGUUCAAGUUUGUUGAGAAUUUGGGGAUGGAGUUGGAUGAAUUUGUGUAUGCUACUUUAAUCGAUGGAUUUUGUAGGAUUAAUGAUUUUGAUGCCGUGUUUCAUUUGCUUGAUGAAAUGAAGGAAAAGGGUAUUCAGGCAAGUAUUAUCACGUAUAACAUUAUAAUUAACGGGCUGUGUAAAUCCGGGAGGACAGAUGAGGCGAAUGAGGUUUCAAGAGGCAUGGAAUCAGAUGCUGUGACUUAUAGUACAAUGUUACAUGGGUAUAUCAAAGAAAAAGAUCUUACGGGGUUGUUGAUGACAAAAAAAAGACUUGAAGAAUCCGGAGUUCCUAUGGAUGUUGCACUGUGCAAUGUGCUUAUCAAAGCAUUAUUUAUGGUAGGUUCAUUUGAGGAUGUAAACAUUAUUUACAAGGGGAUGUCAGAGAUGGGUUUGGCUGCAAAUGAUGUUACUUAUUGUACUUUGAUUGAUGGGUACUGUAAGUUUGGUCGAAUUGAAGAGGCACUUGAAAUAUUUGAUGAGUUUCGACGGACAUCAAUGGAUUCAGUAGGUUGCUACAAUUGCAUCAUCAAUGGCCUUUGCAAGAAUGAUAUGAUUGAUAUGGCCAUUCAAGUCUUUUUAGAGCUUAAUGAAAGAGGUAUGCCUUUAGAUCCCGCUACUUACCAAAUUUUAUUACAAUCCAUUUUAAGAGCAACAGGCCCAGAAGGGGUAUUAGAUUUUGUUUCAAAAAUUGAAAAAUUGGGGCCUGAAGUUUUUCAUAUAAUAUGCCACAAUGCUUUUUGUUUCCUCUGUGAUGGGGGCUUUUUUAAGUUUGCCAGCGAGUUGUACACUUUCAUGAGAAUAAACGGACUUGUUAAUACCAAAAUGUCCCAUAAGUUACUAUUGGAAUUACUUCUUAAAGAUCAAAAAACGUGUGUUACUAAAAUUCCUUUAAGUGAUUUUGUGAAAGAAUUUGGAGUUUUUGAGCCUAGAGUUAGCAGGAUCAUUUUACAUCACCUAUGUAUGAAAGACAUAGGCCUUGCCAUCAAACUCCUGAAAACAGAUAAUGCAAAAAUACAAAAUCUUACUUUCCCGGUCUCUGUUCUGGAGAAACUAAUAAAGAAUGGUAGGGCCUGCGAUGCUUAUAAACUUUUGAUGGAAUCAAAAGAAAGAUUACCCUUCAUGGAUGUCGUCGAUUACACCAUUAUAGUCAAUGGUCUUUGUAAAGAGGGAUAUAUUGGCAAAGCUGUAGAGGUAUGUGCUUUAGCUAAAAGUCUUGGAAUUAUCCUCAACAUUAUCACUUACAAUUCAAUCAUUAAAGGAUUAUGCCACCAGGGUUGUUUUAUUGAAGCGUUUAGGCUAUUUGAUUCAUUAGAAACGAUUACUGUGACACCCUCGGAAAUCACAUACUCUACACUUAUUGAUACAUUAUCCAAAGAAGGCUAUUUGCUUGAUGCCAAGAAGUUUCUAGAAAGAAUGGUUUUGAAGGGCCUGAAACCAAAUAUUCGUGUUUAUAAUUCAUUAAUAAAUGGGUAUAGUAAGCUUGGAAGGUUGCCAGAAGUUUUAAGUAUUGUAGAGGAUUUGAAUGAAAAAGGCAUCAAACCAGAUGAAUUUACAAUCAGUGUAGUGAUUAAUAGUUUCUGUAGAAAUGGUAAUAUGGAAGGGGCCCUUGAGUACUAUUUUGAUGCUAGAAAUAACGGAUAUGUGCCGGAUUUAUUGGGGUUUUUUAAUUUAAUAAGAGGGUUAUGUUCAAAAGGAAGAAUGGAAGAAUCUAGAAGCAUUUUGAGAGAUAUGCUUCAAACUGAAAAAGCUGUUGACUUGCUAAAGAAGGUUGAUACAGGGGGUGAAGCAGAGUCGGUGGACCAUUUUCUCAUUUCGUUAUGUGACCAAGGAAAUAUUCGAGAAGCCGUUUUGAUUCUUGAUCAAAUUAUGCCUAUCCUCUUUCCUGUUGGAAAGAAGGUUGAUGAAGGUAAGUUUUGUAUUGUUGGAUCUCAGCCGUUGAUCUCAAAUGACGAAGAUGAUGCGGUGAAUGGUGAUUUUGAUGCUUAUUAUGGUCUGCUUGAAUCGCUCUGUUCAUCAGGAGAGUUAAAGAAGGCGAAUAAAAUUGCAAAGUUGCUUGCUGGUUUUGAUGGAGGAUGAUUAUAUACCAAAAACAUCAUUUUCUGUAUAUCUUCGUAUAUCUGCUGGGGGAGAUGCUUUGCCUGUGAGGGUCAUCAAAGCUGAGCCUAGGUUGAGUAGUUAACGAGCUACUAAGAACAACGAAACUGGAAUGUGGAAGAUUUAUUGUGAUUGCCACCAUUGUGCAAUGGAAGUUCCAGUCUCCAAAAGAUUAUAAUUCUAUCAGUUGGGUCCAAUAGUCUUCUGGCUGCCUCAAAAGCACUUUCUUCAAUCCAUUCGGCCAUUUGUUGCUAUACCUCUCUCUGCUAUUAAGACGGAGUUUUUGUUGCACAAGCAGCCGAAAAUGGAGGCAUGUUCUCAGAAUCUUAAUGUCUUGCAAUCUGUGGAUCGAAUCCACUUCCGUUGAUGACGGAGAUAUAAAAACCAUCUAAUACUCGGAAAUGGUAAGAUCCUAGCUGAAUAUGGCAUGUCAUGAAACACUUGGCUAUGAUUUUUGGAACUAGCAUGACUGCACCACAUAUAGCCGGGAUUGCUGCCCUUGUGAAGCAAAAGCCCCCUCACUGAGACUGGGUGUUAUCGAGUUCUAGCCUAAUAGUAUUCGGGAUCUGAAACAAUGAUGUUUGUUAUGGCCACAUUUAUGGCAGAGGUAAAACUUCGAGACGGCUCCAGAGGGCGCUGUCGAUGAAACCCCCGAUAAAGACAUUCGAGGCUAUCUACUGCGUAUUAUUGGCGCGAUAGUGCUUCCAAAUUGAAACAAGUACUCUGUAUCUAUGUACAUUCUCUAGUUUUUGGAGUUCCUUAGUUUUGUAUGGAGCGCUGCUGCCCUUUCCAUGCUACACUCAUAUUUACUUUCCUAUGAAAGAGAUGAUGUCAAAGGUCCAACUUAGAUCCUGGAGGUAUUUUAUAAUCCCAGAGCUAGUUUGGAUCCUGGCCUCAUUUUUGUUGCAAGUUUGUUCUUUUAUAAAUGAUUAGCAUAUCAAACAUGAUUACACAAGUUAUAUUCUUCCAUAUUAAUUUGGUCUCAUGUAUAAAAUGAUGAAGGUUUCUGUUAUACUAA